UCAGCUGUAUCCAAUCACAGCUGAUCACGUGGCACUGAUGAUCAGUGUGCCCUGAUGAUCAGUGUAGCUCCAGCAACGCCACCUGUCAGUGUCCAUCAGUGCCCUUGUCAGUGCUCAUCAGUGCCUCGUGCCAGUGACCAUCAGUGCCACAUCAAUGCCACAUAUCAGUGCCCAUCUGAGCUGCCUUUCAGUGUCACCUAUCAGUGCCAGUCAGUGCCACCUAUCAAUGCCAAUCAGUGUCACCUAUCAGUGCCACCUAUCAGUGCUGCCAGUCAGUGCCACCUAUCAGUACCAGUCAGUGUCACCUAUCAGUGAGCAUCAGUGCCGCCUAUCAGUGCCGCCUAACAGUGCCAGUCAGUGCCGCCUAUCAGUGCUGCCUUUCAGUGCCCAUCAGUGAUGCCUGUCA